GGCCAAUAUGUCAUUUUACUUUUAUCGCCUGUUAAACCAAAAUCUCUUUACACAUUCAGUCAAUCCAGAACUAACAUGCCAAAGCACGAAAAGAAGAAGAAGAAGAGAGAUCGCCAUGUCCUGGAUCUGAAUGAGUUGAAAGAACUAGCUAAAGCUCACCGACACAAGGCGGAUAAAAAGAAGAAAACCGAGGAUUCAAUUAGUAAGGCCGCUAUGGUUCCGCAGACCAAGGCCGACCACGACAAAGAACAGAAUAUAGUCAGAAAGGUAGUGGACCCUCUAACGGGACGGACGCGAUCCCCCCUUAGGUUGGUCAAAGGAUCGGGCGAGAUCAUAGAAGAAGUUGUGUCAAAGGACAAGCAGAGAGAAAUCAAUCGUAUGGCUACCUUGAAGGAUGGUCUCUCCUACGAAGCCGCUCACCUUUCCGGUCGAUAUGCACCAUGAAACACCGCAGCCGCCAGUUAAAUACCAAAUGAACAUGUACAUUUUUAUUUCCAAGACACUUUGUUUGCUGUUGUGUGGGUGUUUUUUUUUUUCUGUGAAUUCACCGUCGAUCGGUCGUCACUCGUUGAUAGGUCGGAAGCUUCUCUGGCUCUUCUUGCCGUGCGCAAUGUGGAUUCAGUAAGGUAGUGGAUUCUUCAAAUCCUGGUGGCCGAGAGGGUAUGGUGGUCAUGAUGAUGGGCACUUGAGCUUCAAAUGGAACUGGAUUGUCGACGAAAAACACUUGUAUGCAAAUACAGUGGGUGAUGUCGAGCAACGGUGUAUCUAGGUGCUUUUGUAUCUUGGUCUGGUCCAAUUUGAAUGAAAAAUCAAAAUCAUAGUGUACAUCGAUUCU